AUGGCGGGAGCAGCAUGGAGCUGGAGGAAGGUUCGUGGGCAUAGACUCCGGUCCUGUGAGUGCGUCCGCCCCGGCAAGAUCCUCAGGCGGAAAACCAAGGCUCGGCCUCCGCGGGUUUACGACCCGGGGCCGCCCGCGCAGGGGGACGCGAAAGCCAAGGACCGAAGGGAAGGAAACGAAGAGUUCACGCAGCCCCGCGUCACAGGCAGGGAACCGGAGGGGCCGGGAAGCCAGGCGGCCGCCCCCGCUGGGAGACCCCAGCCCGCGACGCAGCCGCAGCGCCGGGACGCGAGCGCGCCCACGCCCGCCGGCGGCGGCUCCUCCCCGGGGGCGUGGCCGCGGACCCGCCCCCGCGCGCACAUUCCUGGCAGCCGCGGCCGGCCGUUUCCUGCCUGCGUCGCUGGGCGGGCGGCCGGCCCAUCUGGCGGCCCCCACGGGGCGGCGCGGGGAGGCGGCCCAGACUCGCUGGAGCCAGGCGCCGGCCGGGUUCCCCGCUGCCCGCCUGGAGAGCCCAGGUGUGGCCGCGGCGGGGGUGGGGGUGGCGCUUCCCUUCCCGCCCGCUUGGCCUUUCCUGACGCACCCGGGCAGGAUGCAGCCUCCGCCCCCCGCGACCCGGCCUGGGCCCACCGGGGGAAUCUGAGCAGGGGGGUGCGGCCGCCCCGUGGGAUCCUCGGCCCUGGGGCUGCUUCCCCGUGCGUGCCCCCACAGCUGAACUCUGACCUCCUGGGCCGCAAGGCUCUUGCCUCGCCCCUCAAGAACCCCGGCAGGACGGUAGCGACGACAGGAGAAGGCACCUCUCGGGUGUUAUCGUUCACUCAGCCACGUCUUGACCUGUGCUCCCUGCGGUGCCCCAGGAUCCUGGGCCCAGGGAAGCUGGGUGCUGGCUCCGAGGGGCCCAGCCCACCAGCCACGUGACCGUCCCAAGGGCUCUGGAGAGGACCUGGACGGUCCUCAGGAGCUUGGCAUCCAAUCCUGACUGCUUGAGGUCCACUUGAUGUCCACUGCAAGCUGCCUCUGUGCUCUCCGCUGUACAGGGGGCUAACAGCAGCUCCCAGAACCCAAGGCUGUGAGAACCGAAGCUGCUAUCGAGAAGCCUGGCACACGUCCGUCCCAGCGUUUUCACAGGCACUCUGAGUCUCUGGUCACGCUUGUCCUUUGAAUGUGAAGUCGAACGAGGGAGAGUCCCGGCUAGAACUCAGGCCAACGGCCACCCCAUCCUGUCUCAAUGUUCCCACGCCAGGCUGGUGGGUGAGGGCUGUGCCCACUGCUCCCGAUCCACUGGGGCCUCUCCCACAGGCAGGGCUGAGGGAACCCUGGCUCAGGGGUCUGUGGCUCUUGGGCACAGGCGGCCUGUCCAGGGUUCCCGGCCCUGCAGCAGUCACUCUGGGAAGAGUCCUGGGAAUGGGCACAAUGGAAGAGAUGGGACCUUUGUCUCCAAGGCAACCUGGAGUCCAGGCCCUCUGAAGCUGAAGCCAGCGGCCAUGGGGACCGUGGGCACCAGGGAAGCGCGCCGGCAUCAGCUUUGGCACCCCCCCACAGCUUGCCCGGGCCGGGUGCAGGGGCAAGCACAGCACUGGCUUGACACCCUCACUGCCGCCUUCACUGCUGGGGGGAAAAUGAUGGCUGGGAGGGGGGCUCAUGGGCCCCCUCUGCUGGCCAGCCCGCUGGCAGCGCACUGGGGGUGGGGAGGCUCUCAGGAAGCUUUUGGGUGGGCAGGGAGACGCGGUAAUGCCAGUGCAAGACACCAGCAGCACUGCAGGGAACCCUUCCAGGAGCACAGCGGCCCGCCCCAGCCAGGGGAUGAGUUUUUAAUGUGAGGCAAAGUCAGUCCACAAUACAAAAAUCUAAAAAUCA